AUGCUCUCUCCUCUCGUCCACCUUGUCUCGCUGGCACUCUCGGGCGGCGCCAUGGCAGCCCCUGCCCCGGCCUCCGUCCAUGGUCUCACCCCUCGCACCUGCUACGAGACGGAGACGUCAAGCCUGCGCUGUUACACGGCGCCCGACAAUAUUCCGCAGGAUGUCCUUGUCGACGACGUCCUCUUCAUCGCGGCCUACCUUCGAUCGUAUGGAGCGCAGAUCCGAACGGGCCGCCUGUUCAACAUGGCCGCCGCCGACGCGCCCGACUGCGGUGAAUGGCUUCUGUACGCCCAUGGCACCGCGCAGGCCUUCGCCAAACACCUCGACAACACCGUCGACUCAAGUGUGCUCUUCGCCGACAUCGCCACCACCAUCGACGGCGGCGCCAACGCCAACUCGACCCAGCAGGCGGCGGCCCUCAUCGGGUGCGGCACAGACGGCGGAUCGUUGGGCGUGGCUGUCGACGCCACGAACCCAACUUAUGCGGGCUCUACCUACCCGGCCGGUUAUGUCACCGAUGGCAUUCUCGUCAAGAUUGUGGCUUCGGGGGCGUAG